AUGAAGACAUAUUUUAAACAUCCAUAUGAAAAAUCAUUGGCGAGAAUAUUUUAUUCAUCGUUGGAUACAGUUAAUCACAUUACAUCGCGUUUCGAUUUUCGUCAACGUAUUGUACAACCAUCAACCAAAGAACAACAACGCCUUUUAUCACCAUCUAGUUCACCACGAUUGCAGCAUGUACACUCGGGUAAAUAUGGUAUAAAGCCUAUUUGGCCUUCUGACAAAUCAGUAUGUGAACCAUGGCAACAAGGCAAAAAGUCUAGUAAGAAUCGUUGGUCUUCAGUUGCAUCAAAAGGUGACCGAGAUCAAUGUUUACAUCCCAAGUCAGAUUUACAGAAGAAAUUUACUCUUCCAUCACUAUCGACUGUGCCAUAUGUCGAUCAAUUAGAUGGAUCAAUAUUAAUGUUAGCUUCUAUUUCUUUGUUCCUUCUUCUUCUCAUCUAUAUUGUCUAUCAACGUCGAUCUACGGAACUCAAUCAAAAAAAACUUAAAGAUAAACGACGUCGACAAAGUCUUGAAGAUAAUCUUCGUAUUCAUGAACCAUUUAAUUAUCAUUUACCAACUAUUCGACUAUUACCAACUAUUACUGAAGAAAAUUCUGCGGCAUUAUCUCCAUCAAAUAUAACGAAUAAAUUAAAUCCAUUUGCAAAUACAACGGAAAUUACACCAACACCAGUUGUUACAGUUACAGACGACAAUGUCAAUCGAAAUUUAUCAACUAUACCAUUAGAUCAAAAGAAAAUUUCAACAAAUAAGAGCGAUAAUAAAGAAAAUUUAGUUAAAAUAUCUUUGAAUCAACCGAAAUCUUCAAUAAAUAAAAUUAAUAAUAAAGAAAAUGUAGUUCAAAUAUCAUUAUUACCUAAAGAACAACAACAACAACAACAACAACAGCAACAACAAAUAAAACCACCAAAUCAACGACGUCGUUCACGAUUUGAACAAGAUUCAACUGUCGAAAAGUCACCAAUAGAAAAUUUAUCAACUCCACCAGUAGUUGUUCGAAAAUCUUCUAUUACACAUGAACAUGUUAUUGGUGAUGAUUUUACAUCAUUAGAAGAAAUUAAUAAAGCUGUUAAACAAGUUGGUCUCGAUCAUUCACAACUUAUUUUUGGUAUUGAUUAUACAAUCAGUAAUUUAGAAACAGGAAAAGAUUCAUUUCAUGGUUUUUCUUUACAUAAUAUACAAGAGGGAUUACUCAAUCCAUAUCAAAAUGUUAUUACGAUUGUUGGACGAACUUUAGAAAAAUAUGAUUCGGACACAUUAAUACCAGUAUUUGGUUUUGGUGAUCGAACAACACUUGAUCGAAAAAUUUUUCCAUUACGUCCAGAUGGUAGCUAUUGUAAAGGUUUUCGUGGUGUUCUCGAAGCUUAUAAUGAGAUCACACCGAAAGUCCGCAUGUCUGGACCAACAAAUUUUGCACCAUUAAUUAGAGAAGCUAUCAAAAUUGUGAAGAAAACAGGAGAAUAUCAUAUUCUUGUGAUUGUUGCUGAUGGUCAAGUCACUAAUGAAAGACAAACAAAAGAUGCUAUUGUUGAAGCAAGUAAUUAUCCAUUAUCCAUUGUUAUGGUCGGUGUGGGCGAUGGACCUUGGGAUAUGAUGAAAGAAUUUGAUGAUUCAUUACCAACACGCCAAUUUGAUAAUUUUCAAUUUGUUAAUUAUAAUAGUGUUGUUGAAGCAUCAACAAAUACGGAUUCAGUAUUUGCUCUUCGUGCUCUUAUGGAAAUACCUUCACAAUAUGCAGAAAUAAAAAAACUUGGCCUACUGAAAAAAACUUGA